CCUCCACAAGCCAAAACGUUGUGUGUGGUAGUUAACUUGAUUUUCUUUGAUCUGUCCGAAAAUAUGGCGGAACAACAAGAGGGAACAACGAACAAAAAAGCCCCUAACACUUACCGGGAACCAGGGUUGCGAAACAUGCAAACAACGUCGUUGUUCCGUGCUGUCAAUUUCGAACUCUUCGCUAAACCGAACAAGUUCACCAUGAUCCUAGGUGCAGCCGCCUUUUCUGGCUGUCUGGGCUACAUCUUGUACAUGAACAUGACUGAUGAUAAAAAGUCCAACUCUUACCCAGCUGUCAAUCCAGAUGGGUCACUCACUACACGCGUGCGGACGUCACGGUGGGACUAACCACACGGUUGCCAAAAACAUUUAUCAUGGUGCCAGAUAGUCACUGGAUACCACAUGAGUACCACAUGAGUAUAGUAGAUCUGGAUGCCAGGCCAGCCACACUUCCUACACAUAGGAAAAAUAGGCCUCUGCUUCACCACAAUCCUAUUGAAUUGUCAGAUGUUCCUUAAUAUGUGUUGUCCACUCAAAAUUUACAGGUUGUGACAUUUUGCAAGAUGAAAAGAAUGUUGGAAGAGUAAUAUGAAGAUAAUAUUGUGUUUUUAGAAUUAUAAAUAACAGGUUGCAGAUGAUUGUUGUUUUGUUUCUUGAGAAUAAUUUGUUCUGUGAGUAAUUUUACUGCUUGAAGUAUACUAAAGGAAGUGAGAAUUCCCAUUUUUCUCUGUGUGUUUGUUUUAGUGUAGAAAAUGUGAAAUAAAAUCAAUUGUAUAUUUAUGACAAGAAGAAAAGGAAGGACAAAACAAAGACUUUGUUUUCAUUUGCACUGUAUAAUAGUUUCGUCUAAUGAUAUAACAAACAUUUGUCAUAUUAAAGGCUGUACAUAAUCACAAAACCAUACAUUAGAUUAGUGGUUGAUCAAACAAGUUUUCAGUUUAUGCAUACAUGGGGAGACAACUCAUGUCAGGAAAGGCUUUCAUAAUAUAUACUCACCAGUCAGUCAUGAACAUGUGAUGCGCUGUGUUGAGAGGGCUGCAGAUUUUGAAUAGUAUGAAAUAGGCCAUAGUUGGUUUAAGCCUGAGAUUUAUUCAUUUGUAUAUUUUAUUUGAUUGGUGUAUUGAGCUGUACUCCAGAAUAUUUCACUUAUAUGACGGGGGUCAGCAGUGUGGUGGGAAGAAUCCGGGC